AAGAUAAAGAUUUGUUGUCAUCGUGGAGGAGCCCACGUCAAUAUUUUGGUAUGGCAGACUACAGGAACAACCGAAAUGGUUUGGCCCGAACUGAGGAGAUGCUGGAUGCUGAAAAUCAGCAACGAGUGGAGAUGUUGUCAUCCAAAGUAUCCAGACUGAACAAUAUUGCUCUGGAUCUACAAAAUGAAACAAAAGGCUCCAAUCUUUACCUUGAUGAUAUGACUGGCGACUUUGAGUCCACGCAAGGACUUUUGGGAGGAACUGUUAACAGAUUGUCCCACAUGGUAUCCUCCUACAAAGGCAACCGCAAACUCAUGUGUUACAUCAUCCUGGUGCUAGUACUGCUCUUCUUCUUCUUCUACUACCUCAUAGGCAGGGUGACUGGAGGAUGAUUCCGAUGUAUUGGGGGGGGGG